AUGGGAAAAAACUUGGGACAAAUUGCACUUCACAAGGAGAGGGUUCCGCAAGGGAAAAAGACACUCCAUAAGGAUAGGGUUCUGCAAGAAAAAAAAGCACUUCAUAAGGAGAGGGCUCCGCAAGAAAAGACAUUUCAAGAAGAGAAAAAUAUACAAGGCAUCUAG